CAACAGCUGCAGAUAUGUCCGCCACAACGACUGCAGACCCUAUAGGUUUCUUAAAGGAUUUCGCCAUUGGUGGUGUAUCCGGUGCUAUCGCUAAGACUUGCACUGCUCCGAUCGAGCGUGUUAAGUUGAUUAUCCAGACACAGGAUUCUAACCCACGAAUCAUCAGCGGAGAGGUACCACGUUACACUGGUAUCG